UCCGAACCCAGCGUCGUGCUAGAUUGCUCUCAAGGGUCUCUGCACCCUCAAUCUGGAUCCCGGUCACUAUCACGACUAUCCCACCCAGGGCUCGCUCCCCGUCGCAAAAAUGUCAAACAAUCUUGCCCCCUCCGCAAGCACCCACUCCAACGACGAAGCUGCCACCGACUGCGAGAAGUCUGCCGUCAACUCAGUCUUCGAUCAGAAAGAUGUCCCAUCCGAAAACGCAUCGAACCAUGCCGUCGAGGAAAAGUUGGCUGCCGAAGCAAUCACCGGUGUCUCGGCCGAUGCCUUGACUGAGGACGAUAUGGUAUAUCCAAAGGCAUGGAAACUGGUCCUGAUCUCCAUUGCUCUGUGUCUAGCCGUCUUCUGCAUGGCCCUCGACAACACUAUCAUAUCCACCGCAAUUCCUCGAAUAACCGUUCAAUUCGAUUCACUUGGCGACGUCGGCUGGUACGGCAGUGCCUAUCUUCUCACAACAUGUUGUUUCCAGCUCAUGUUUGGCAAGCUUUAUACCUUCUACUCCGUCAAAUGGGUCUUCAUGAUUGCUCUAUUCAUCUUCGAACUCGGUUCGCUGAUAUGUGGUGUGGCUCCCAGCAGUGUGGCCCUGAUUGUUGGUCGCGCAAUUGCUGGAAUCGGAUCUGCUGGCCUCUUCUCGGGCGCAAUCUUGAUCAUUGCCAUCAGUGUACCCUUGAGGCAACGUGCAGCCUACACUGGUCUAAUAGGAGCUAUGUAUGGUCUGGCAUCCGUUGCCGGUCCUCUGCUCGGUGGUGCAUUCACCGACCAUCUGAGCUGGAGAUGGUGCUUCUACAUCAAUCUUCCCUUUGGAGGCGUCACCGCACUAUUCCUGCUCAUCUUCUACACUGAGCCAAAACGCCCCAAGGUGGCUGCUGGAAGCGGUAUCAUGGCCAAGAUCAACCAAAUGGAUCCAAUCGGUUUUGCCUUCUUCGCACCCGGCAUCAUCUGUGUACUCCUCGCUCUGCAAUGGGGUGGCUCAAAAUACGAAUGGAGCAACGGCAGAAUCAUUGCCUUGUUCGUACUGUUUGGCGUCCUCAUCAUCGGCUUCAUUGUCGUGCAGUUUUGGAAACAAGACAGAGCCACCGUGCCCCCUAGAAUCCUCAAAGACCGCAAUGUGUGGGGUAGCGCAGUGUUCGGUGCCUGUCUAGGUGCCGCUUUCUUUGUCAUGGUAUACUGGAUUCCUAUCUGGUUCCAGGCAGUCAAAGGCUCUUCUGCCACUCGCUCUGGAAUCAUGAACAUCCCAAUGGUCCUCGGUGUCGUCGCCAUGAGCCUAAUCUGCGGUGGCCUCGUCACCGCCACCGGCUACUACACCCCCUUCAUCUAUGCCUCCGUCGUCUUCAUGUCAGUUGGUGCCGGCCUACUCACAACCUUCGAGGUUGACACCGGCUCCUCCAAAUGGAUCGGAUAUCAAGUCAUAUUCGGCUUCGGCGUCGGCAUGGGCAUGCAAAUGACCCUCAUGUGCGUGCAAACCGCGCUCCCUCUCGAGGACGUCCCAAUCGGCACCGCCAUCGUCAUGUUCACCCAGAUUCUCGGCGGCGCCCUCUUCAUCGCCGUCGCCCAAAACGUCUUCAACAACCAGCUCGUCAAGAAUCUCCUCACCAUCGUCCCCGACGUCAAUCCUGCUGAUGUCAUCAGUGCUGGCGCGACUGGUCUCAAGGACAACGCUGUUCUUGCUCCUUACCUCGAUGGCGUUCUCGUCGCGUAUAAUGAUGCUCUGACGCAGACGUUUUAUGUCCCCGUUGCUAUGGCUUGCUUGUCUGUUGUCGGUGCUGCUGUCAUUCAGUGGAAGUCGAUGAAGGGCAAGCCCAUGGGUGCCGCGCAUGCUGUCUGAGCUGCUGGGCGCUGUGGUUUGGUGUCCGAUUCGCGUAUAUACCCAGUAUAAAUACUUCGUAAUGAUGGCACGGCCGUGAAAAAAUCGUUUGGAUAGACCCGCUGUUAUAAUUGUAGUAUAUAUAGACUACCGAUACAAUGGUAUACCUUCUCUCCAACAUUGUUUAUGUGUGUGAACGGUUUAGAUCAUUGUGACACAUUCGAAAUGGUUCCAUUAAGUAGUGCCUCUCACGUGGUAAAAACAGCGAGUGUAGUAAUAUGGUGUAAAGUUGG